UGGAUUUCCAGCACCCCCUUGGUACUAUCGAAGCUUUCCCUCCAGUCAAAGUUGUGCUUCCCCUCCUCCCUCUUCCUCCUCCAUCGUCAGAGAGUUGUGGGGAUGAAGAAUAUAAAACCUCUCACUGUACAGGAGGAAUAUAUGCUCCCAAGCAGGGAACCCAGCCUGGAGAGCAACAGGCUUGAAGAUAGCAAAGCAGCGAAAGGAUGAAGCUCUUUCUCCUUGCUCUCUUUGCCUUGGCCCUGUGGGUUCCUCCUGGCUGGGCAGCCAGGAAAAAACCCAAAAGCCCAACCAAGGACUUGAGUUCCCCCUCCUCUCCGGCUGCCCUGAAGGUGCCAACCCAGGCAGUGAAGAGCCAAAAGCAGCUGACAGCCAGUGAGAUCAUCCUGGGAAAAGGUGUGGCAGUGGAAGAGACAACUACACCUGCAACAGGAGCUGGAAGUGUGACAGUGGAAAAAGAAUUGCACCAGAAAGGAGGGAAGUUUUCAGUCCUGAAAAACAGUGUCUUAAGGGCAAAGGAGCCAGCUCAUUUUGACAGCCAAAGCCUGGGAAAAGGGGUUGUGACCAAGAAAGAGGAACUGCCCAAAGUUGGGAAGAAGGUGCUGGGCACAAAGAAAAAUGAAGCCAAGAGUAUUCCUGCUAGAGCGGAAACCAUGGGUUUUGGCACAAACACCAGCCUAAGCCAGGCAGGGGGUUUGAUUCAUCAGGCCAAGAAAACAGCGCUGAAAGGAGAGGUUGCCUCCCACAGGACAAAGGCAAGAAAAGAAUAUGCUGCCACCACACAUAGAAAUGCAACUAAGUCACAGAAAGGGAAAGUAUCAGGCUUUCUGCACAGGAAUGAAAGCCAAGCACUCUCUAGUCCUGCUCAUAAAAACGUUGUUCACCUAAAAGACAGAAAGAAACCCACGUUUCUGCACAGAAAUGCCACCUGGACCUUGUUGCAAAAAGAGAACCUUUCACCCCUAAAGAAUACCAGUAAGAUGUCAUCAGGGAAGGAUCAUCUUACUCGCCACAGAAAUAACAGCCACACUUUGAGGCAGAAGGACCGUAACAUUCCUACAAAAAACAACACUCAGGCACAAAGGGCCAAAGAGGUUAAGUUUCUCCACAAAAAUGCCAGCCUGCCAGGGAAAGACAAUGGUGUACCUUCCGUGAACACCAGUGCGACAUUGCCAAGGCUAAAGCAGGGCAUCUUCCAGAGGAAUGCCAGCCAAGCACAAACACACAAGAAGUCUAUUCUCACUCACAAAAAUGCAAGUCAGGCACUACCAGAGAAAAAACAUGGCACCGUUUACAAGAAUAUGAGCUGGGUCGAAGCCAAAAAGGAGCCAAUUCCUUUCCAGAAGAAUGCCAGCUGGACACGACCACAGGAAAGGUCCAGGCCUUCACUUGGGAAUGCCAGCCAGGCAUUUCCAAGGAAAGGACAUGCUACCCACCAAAGGAAUAUCAGUUGGACUGAGGUCAAUAAGGAGCACAGGCCUCUGCACAAGAAUGCUAGUCGGGGUCUGUUGAGGAAGGGGUCCAGCCCUUCCCAGAAAAAUCUCAGCCAGGAAUUGGCAAGGAGAGAACAUCAGGUUCCUCAGAGGGUAGGCAGCCAAGCGGGGGCAAAGAAUGUGUCUGGUGCCCCUUCCAGGAAUACCACCCAAAGACAAACUCUAGUGAAAGAACAAGGACGAUCUCGUCAGAACAGCUUCCGAGUUGGAGCGGUCACACCAAGAUGGCGACUCACAGUACCAACAGGGAGGGAUGAGCCUGUGAUGCCGUCCUUGCCGAUGACCUGUCUGCUUUCCGAACAUGCCAUUGCUUGUGGCAAUGCCCGCCUGAAACACAUACCCAAACUGAAUGACUCCGCACUCAAAACCUUGUACCUUGCAGAGAAUGAAAUUACCAAUAUCCCAGCUGGGAUUUUCUUGGGAUUGCCCAAUCUGGAAUGGCUGGAUCUCAGCAAGAACAAGCUGGAUUCUGCAGGUUUGCACCCAGAAGUAUUCAAGAACCUCACCAAGCUGAAGCGUCUGAAUCUAGAUGGGAACCAGCUUACCACAGUCCCAGCCUUACCUAGUUCAUUACAGGAAUUAAAGAUGAAUGACAAUAAUUUAGAACGUCUGCAGAGACACGACUUUCAAGGGCUCUUCAAGCUGCUCACCCUGGAGCUGGAGGGAAACCAAUUGCAUGAUGGAAAUGUGCUCCCUACUGCCUUCAAGCCCCUUGGCAGACUCAUCUAUCUGCGACUGGACCGGAACCACUUCAGGGCGAUCCCAUCCGGUUUGCCUGCAUCUUUGCAGGAGCUCCACCUUGAUUCGAACCGCAUUGAGGAAGUACCUGAAAGUAUCCUCAACAAAACCCUGAAUCUCACAGUGCUGGUUCUGAGCAACAACAAGCUCCAGGAAGAUCGUAUUGCUCCACGUGCCUGGAUAGACCUCCCGAAAUUGGAGGCACUGGAUCUUUCCCACAACCGUUUGGCACUUGUGCCCUCAUUCCUGCCCCGGCACCUGAAACAGCUGACUCUGCACCACAACUGUAUAGAACGUAUCCCUGGCUACGUCUUUGCCCACAUGAAGCCAGGCCUGGAAUUCCUGCACCUCUCUCACAAUGUCUUGCAGGAUGAUGGCAUCCAUGCAGUCUCCUUCUUGGGACUCUACCACUCACUGGCCGAACUGCUCCUGGACAAUAACCAGCUCCAGUCCAUUCCCCGUGGCAUUUUGAACUUAAAGGGCUUGCAAGUUCUGCGGCUGAGCCACAAUCGUAUCAGAAACAUCCCACUGAACUCUGUCUGUGACACGCGUGUGGCAGAGGACUCCAACAUUGUGUCCAUGCAUCUGGAGAACAACCUGAUUGACCGCCGCCGCAUCCCACCCACAGCUUUCUCUUGCAUCAAAGCGUAUCACAGCGUGGUGCUGCGGCCACAGCAGAAUGAGGACGAGGAUGACUACUAAAGAGACAACUCUAGCAAGUCAUUCCCAACAUCGAUCAGAUAGCCCCAACACUAUGGGCACAAAAAUAGAUCCCACCUGUCCUAGGGGUGGCUGUGGAAAGGAAACUCUUGACCUUCAAGAUAUUUCAGUGUCAGAAUAUGUUACAAAAAGAUGUACCUCCUCAAAACCUACUUCUCUGUUGUUUCAUAUUCCUUCUUCAUUUGAAGGGUACAUCUUUUGUGGACAGUCUUUAAAGUUGUGAGUAAUGAAAGUGUAUGGGAAGCCUAUGGAGCUUUUCUCUGAUUUGCCUCUUCAUAUGUUUUCCAAACACAGUACAACUCCAAUGUCUUUGGGAAUAUGUUCUUGGCAUGCAUGUUGAUAUGAAAAAAAA